AUGCGGGACAGUGUAAAUGAGAUCAAGGUGGUUUCGUGGUCGACAGACGGCAGCACGUUUGUGGUGGGCGGGAAAGGUCCGUAUAUGCGGCAGUUCAGUGCCUCUGGCGAGCCAAUAAUGGACAUUCCCGGCAACGAAGAUGACAUUUCGGAUAUCGUGGCAAUUCAGCACUAUGGCAGCAACUCCGAGUCGAUGUUUAUUGCAGACAACACGAGCCGCCAGGUGCGGCGGUGGGAUUUUGCAAGCACAAGCUUUGCGCAGACCUGCCAGACACACGACAACGAUAUCGCGUGUAUCGCGACACGGAAGGGCGGUGAGAUUGCGCUCUACAACUUGGUGUACAACACCCGCACAGAGCUUCGGUCGGCAACGCACCGCGCAAUGCUGAGCAUGGACUUUUCGGCUAGUGCGCGCACGCAGCUGAUGGUGGGUAGCGAAGACGGGUUGCUGCAGCUGUUUGACGCGACGCGGUACGGCGAGGCACCAGCCAAGACAUUUGCACACGUGCAUAGCGCGCCCGUGUGCGCAUUGAAGUUCCACCCGGCAAACCUGAACUAUGUGGUGAGCGCGGGGCUCGAUGGCAAGAUGGUUCUGACGGAUACGGUUGUGCAGAGAUCAAAUGCGAUUUCGGUGAUGGCCGAGGCCCACUUACGUGCCUUGCGCACCAUUGACGGCGAUGUGCUGGUGUAUGAUCUGCGAGGCUCGAGGACUCCGCUGUGGAAGCACAGGGUAGCGACACGCAAGCCCUUGGUCAGUAUUGAUUUUGCAUUUGAGCAGAGCGCGAUGCCAGUGGCGACCGGGCGGCGGCCUAGUGGGGUGACCAUGAGUAGUCGGGUUGUGGGCCGUGAGCCUAGGCUACUGGUACUAGGUCGACCGAACCCACGCAGCGUGACAGUGAGACCGCCUCAUAAUCCGGCGAUCAAGGCUCACCACCGCCAGGUUCUGAACCAGCUGCUCGAGAGUGCGCAUAAGAAGGAACCGCGGUCCAGCAAUGCACUUGGAAUCACGUCGCGCCAAGAGACCGAGGAAAAGGCAUUGCCAGUGGCUCAUGGCCACAUGAAGUAUGCUGAGGAUCCCGACCUUCCGGUACAGCACGACGAGCUAGAGCAGAUGCAUGCUACAGGCCCAGAUGCCGACCAGCACCAUUUGGAGGAUUUCGACGACGAAUUUGACUUCAGUCCAGCUGAGCCUCUUCGCUACGCAGAGCCAGCGGAAGACGAGGCAGCAGAGGAGAGGCACGAUAUGGGCGAUUCGAUGAUGGAAAUGUUUACGCCGGAGCGCGAGAAGCCACCACAUUGUCCGCGACCGCCGUGGCGAGAUGGACGAAUCGCCGCGGCCCGACAAGACACCAUCAAAGAUGGUCAGCAAGCUGAUAGCUCAGCUGAAGAGCAGCCAGAAGAAGAAACGACGAUAGACCUUGCAGAGCCACAAGAGUCCCGCAAGCCGGCCCCGUCACUGAAAACGCCUGGUAGGGCGAACGAGUUUAGUGCGAUUAGCCCGCGGUCGGCAAGAUCGAUUGAGAAGCGCCGGCAGGCGCAGAUGCUCGAGUACGAGCGGGAUUUUGAGCCGAUGCCUAAGCGGAGAGCUGUACAGGGCUUUGAGCGUACGCCUAGGGUCGCCAAUGAGCCAAAGUCGGCAAAGCGGUCGGCGGUCCGGUUCUUGAGCAGGGCACCGCCAAAGUACUCGAAGGAAUCUGUCGAAGAGGAUCUGGUGCCGAGGACAGGCACCAAAAGCACCUCCAAGUAUACGCCCAAGCCAUGGAUGCGCCAUGUGGGGCUACCGUCGCGCAGACAGGAGGUUGAGGAGAAGGAGCCCCCAGCGUUUGCUGCUGUAGCCAAGCGACAUGAGACAAAGGUAGCCAGACCGCUGGUGCGGCAGGUCGAUCGGUCCUUGGACGAGGAGAUUAGGGAGAAACAGAGGCCCUCGUAUAGGGCAGACCCAGAGCCCGCUGUAGAGGAGGAGGAGGAGGAAGAGGAUAAACAGGAGUAUGUUGGGGCGUGCCCCGAGAACCCCAGCGGCCGCCAGAAGAACUGA